GGACAGAACGCAAGGACCUGUGCGUGCCGGGCAUGCGCUCUCCACGGAGCUACAUCCGGGGCACCCAGUUCUUCCAGCUGCGUUUCCGUUUCCGUUUCCGUUUCCGGGAGCCUCUUCCCGCGGAGGCGCCUUUUUUUCUCUUGACUGCGUCGUUGCAGCCUGGGUUGAAGGCCGUCCCCUCUGCUUCCUCUCGCUCUUCUUCCUACAAAAUCGGACAGCUGUACAUGAUCAGCAAGCACAGCCACGAACAGAGCGACCGGGGAGAAGGGGUGGAGGUCGUCCAGAAUGAGCCCUUCGAGGACCCUCACCACGGCAACGGGCAAUUCACUGAGAAGAGGGUGUAUCUCAACAGCAAAUUGCCUAGUUGGGCUCGAGCUGUGGUCCCCAAAAUAUUUUAUGUGACAGAGAAGGCUUGGAACUAUUAUCCCUACACAAUUACAGAAUACACAUGUUCCUUUCUGCCAAAAUUCUCCAUCCAUAUAGAAACCAAGUAUGAGGACAACAAAGGAAGCAACGACAGGAUUUUUGACAGCGAAGCCAAAGAUUUAGAGAGAGAAGUCUGCUUUAUUGACAUCGCCUGCGAUGAAAUUCCAGAACGCUACUACAAGGAAUCUGAGGAUCCUAAACACUUCAAGUCAGAGAAGACAGGCCGGGGCCAGUUAAGGGAAGGUUGGCGAGAUAGUCAUCAGCCCAUCAUGUGCUCCUACAAGCUGGUAACCGUGAAAUUUGAAGUAUGGGGGCUUCAGACCAGAGUGGAACAAUUUGUGCACAAGGUGGUCCGAGACAUUCUGCUGAUUGGACACAGACAGGCUUUCGCAUGGGUUGAUGAGUGGUACGACAUGACAAUGGAUGAAGUCCGGGAAUUCGAACGAGCCACUCAGGAAGCCACCAACAAGAAGAUCGGCGUUUUCCCACCUGCGAUUUCGAUCUCCAGCAUACCCCUGCUGCCUUCCUCAGUGCGCAGCGCCCCGUCCAGCGUUCCGUCCACUCCCCUGUCCACAGACGCCCCGGAAUUUCUCUCUGUUCCCAAAGACCGGCCCCGGAAAAAGUCUGCUCCAGAAACUCUCACCCUUCCAGACCCUGAGAAAAAAGCCACCUUGAAUUUACCUGGGAUGCACUCUUCCGAUAAGCCAUGUGGGUCCAAAUCGGAGUAACUCCAUAGGAAUAUCUCCUGGGGUUUUGUAUUUUCAUUCUGGGUUUUGGUUUUGGUUUUUUGUUUGUUCGUGUGUGUGUUUUAAGGAAUCUUCUGGAAUAGGAAAAGACUGCCUUGUCACUCAGACGUGUUCCUUUGACCUCCGAGUGUGCAUGUGGUUAAGUAAUUUCUCAAAUAAUACGAAUCCCUAAGUGUGCCACACGGUGUCAUCAUAGAUGUAAGAUGUAAGACUUGCAAAAACAGAAGGAAUCUUCUAUAGCCACCACUGUCAGCCAGAGAGAGAGCCUCGCUCUUUGGCAUUUGUCGAGAUUGGCGUGGACUUCAAGGGUAAAUAUAUAGAAGUUUACACCAUUUUCUUGCCAGGUGUGGUAAAAUAGUGAAGGCACUUUCCUCCCAUCAAACCUGAAAUUCUCAAAAAUAUUCUCAGGCAUCACAUAACUAAUUGUUAAAUUUUGAACUGUUGACCACCAAUACUUGAAUACCAGUAGUUACUGAGAUUCCUAUUUUGGUUAGUCUGACUCAGGAUUUGGGGCCUAAUUAACUAUUUAAAUUUUUGAAAAUUUUAAUUAUCAACCCAUGAAGGCUCCAAGUGCAAUUAAUAAUAACUUAUUUGUACCUUUCACAGAAUUUAAUAAAGAUUCCACUUGUAUCUGUCUUUUAAUAGCUUUCCCCUUUGUGCCCUUGUGGCCUCAAGAAAUCUUCAAGAAUUACAUGGGUGAAUGUGGCCAUAGCUGAUUUAUUUAGAGUGGCUAAGUUUAGGAACCAAGAGGCCCAGGUGAGACAAACAUCUCUUUCUCUACAGGUAUACCAACAAACCUUGACUUGCCUGCUUCUGUCAUCCUUUAAGAUUUCUCAGAAUUUGCAAUUAACUGAAUAGAAUUCACUGACUAUUUGCCCAUUUGAAGAAGUUCAAGGGUAGAGGAAGCCAACUGGACUUUUAACGCCAUCAGAAUAUCUGGCGUGUGAAUUAUGAGAAACAGAAUUGUCUCCGAUUCCCUCCUGAUUUUACUCUUAGUGACAUCCAGACUUCCCUGGGGUGGAUUGCCUACCCCAGAUCUUAGAAAAGACUGCCAUUCUCUUGCUUCUUCCUUGAAAUCCAAAUAGUUGUAGCUCAGUAGCAGAGCAUUUGUCCAGCAUGUUUAAGGCCCUGGGUUCAAUCCCCAGCAUUGCACACAAAGAAAAGAAAGAGAGAGGGAGGAAAGAAUAUUGAGAAUAAUGUGUAAAUCAAAUAAAUACUGCCAAGUGGAGGAAGAGAAUGAGAAUUUCUGACUCCUGUUUGGGGGGGGGGGUGUUAAAUAACAAAUGUCCCUCUGUCUUGCUUUCAUUUCUGCAAGAUUAGAAUCAAGGUUGACAGAAGGUAAGAUCUUUUAUCAAAGUGACAGAGAAGAGAGCUCUCCUUUGGUCUAAAGAGAGCAGUCUGUCACGAUUGCACCUCACUGCCUUUAAACCACGAGGGAGAGCAAGCAGAAUCUCAACACUGACAUUUGUCCUCCCAGAGAGGAGGAGAACAAGAUAAUCGGGCAUCUCUGAGGCCCAUGCCCUACCUAGCUCGCCUUUCUGGCCAUAACCUCCAACCUCAGGAAAUGGACCUUCCCAAAACACAGAUUCCAAAGGAAACCAAACGAACCAAGGAGCAGCCUCUCCUACCCUCAGAGCCUCUCCAGCCAGUGGACCCUGCCUGUUCCCCCUUCCCAGUGCUCAGCACUCUGUGUAGUCAUUCAGGUCGAAACACUCUUCAAGGUGCAGGCGCUGGCCCUGUGAGCCCAGCACCAAAGUGUUCAAGUGUCUCGAUCAUUUGUCUAUAGAUUGACAUUUAGCUUAAGAAAAAUAGACCCUGUACUCAAAGGAAACCGGUUGCAUUUAGCUUAGAUCAACCAUACACCUAAUACUUAAGAAUGAUAGUAUCGUAGUAAGACACCUUCUUUGCAUGGUAUGGAAGCAUGAAUUUUGCUUGUGAGGAAACCUAGUCUUUUAUCAGCCCCCUUGAACUUCUCAAUGGCUCCCUCUCCACGCACCAGUACUUAUUGGGAAUGUUUGGCUUUAGAAAGCAAAAUUCUCCUUGCAGAAAACGUGGAUGGUAUACGUAAUUGCUUACCAUUUCCAAGCUGAAAUCAGGGUAGGGAUGGGAUCAUUAUUUUCACAUAGAAUAAAUUUCUUUUGUGCAGGUUGUCAUAUCUGGCACCUGGUUUUUCCAUGAAUACCAUUGCUAUUUUCCUUUUUCAUAAAGUAGUUUUUGCUUUCAAGGUCAACAAUCUGAUAUGUUUUAGAAAGCUAAUUUCUGAUUUCCUUUUGUGAGUUUUAUUUCUUUUAUAGCCAGUAUAAUACCACAGACAGCAAUUGCAAAGCUACCCACGAUAGUGUGAUUCUUAACCAACAAAUAUGUGCUCUUAAAGUAUGUCUAGUUGUUCUGUUUACAUGUGGUUCGUGAGCAUUACAAGGGGGAGGGGCGUUGCAGGUUUUCCUUUAGUUGCUUUGAAUAUUUAAUCUAGUCAUCACAAGGCAUAAACGACUUCAAUGUAUUAUAAAUCUUAGUUUCCAGCUAUCAUUUCACUUUCUCCAUACGUGAAUUUGUUAUUGUGGGAUACAAGCCUGCAAUGAGUGUGUAUAUAUAACAUUAAUAAUUCUUAUAAGGAUGGAAAUUAAAUGGUUGCAUGAUGGAAAUUUAAAAGAAAACAAAGCAGAAACUUGAAUUUGCUAAGCAUGUUUGAGGAAAAAUAGAAUCCUUAACUCAGUGCCUCUGUCUGCAAUGUGGAAACCUUCAGCUUUGUUCACCAAAAUUGUAUUAUACCUGUAUAUAUAUAAAUAUAGUGUAGCAAGUCACACGCCACAAGUUUUAAGUAUCUGGUAGCCAAAUUAAAAUAGAUAAUCCAUAGGCUAAUACAUACGUCCAUCCCUCUUCAUCUCUGAUGUUAGCAGAAACCAUCGAAAUGACCAUAAUAAGCUCCAUUACUUUGGGUGGAUUUCAAAUAGGAAAUGUCCCUGUGCUUUUUGUUGGCUGUAGUACAGCAUUCUUGUUUUGGCUGUGCUUUUUCUGGGAUAAGAAGGUCUCAAUAUUUCUACUGCGUAAACUUUGUCAGAAAUCACCUGUAAAGAUCAUUUCAUUUUGAACUGUAGUAAAAUAAAGCAAAGGAAAAGAAGAUAACAGCGAAAGAGGCCGUGACAUUUUCAGUUGCCACCAUUGUAACUGAAGCCUACUAAGUUUACUGGUGACCUAAUUUAUACAACCUUCUGUUACAGUUUUGCAUCUAAUGUGGAAAAGUAGUCUUAAUUUAUGUAGAGAUGUGUAUUAGCCAUGUUCCAGAUUGUGAAGAUAAGGAGUGUAGUUGAGGCUAUGGAAUGAAGAUACUUAAAAACCCAAUAGUGCCCCCCCAAAGUAAAAGUAAUUAUGUGGUUUUAUUUUAAGGCACUGUAAUAAACAGUGAACUAAGAGAAUAGACUCUGACACAUCUUGAUGAAUCAUUUUUCAGUGCAAGUUUCAGGGUGAAUGUGUUUAUUUGUAUUUCUAAAUUCUACUUGCUUUCUAGACUGGGGAUACAGCUCAGUGGUAGAGGGCUUGCCUCGCGUGUGGCCUGGGUUUGAUCCUCAGCAAAGCAAAAUGAAAAAUGAUUCUACUUUCUUUAGUAUGCCACCAUGGCUCAGAGACAACAAAGUAAUGUUACUGGCUGGCCUAGGUCCACAGGAAUUUUAUUUUUGAGAGGGCCCAGAGUAUGCUUGACUCCACAUAAAGUGUGUAAUGAGAUAAUCCAAUGGAGAACUGUCUAAGCGAUUUUAGUACUUCUGAUCAUUUGGCUCAAUAGGCCAGGUGACAAUCUGCCAUCUGAGCCAUGUUAAAAUUGAGGGGGAAAAAUCCUGUCCAAUGACUGUAACUGUAAUUGAUCGUAAAUAAACUACUUGCUACUGUUCAUUCCUGCCGAAGUGUCACACGGUACCACUGUUGGCAUGCUGAGGCAAAACGUGUUGGCUCUUCCCUGUUCUACUUUCAAAACAAUCUGUUAGCGUUUGAAAUGUAAGUGUUUAAGCUUUGUAGGAGUUAGUGCAAUAAGAAUGUGACCACGUUGAGAAUUUCUCCGAUGCCGUUAUUAAUUGUCCGGCUGUUAGGACGUUAACCGGCGCUUUAGAAUUUUGCUUUCAGCUAAAGUCCUGCCUGUUGAUUGCCAGUCUCUCUUCGGUUUCUCUGUAUCUCCAAGAAGACAAGAGGUUCUUUGAAUUGAUCUUAUCCCUAUGUCACCGAUGGGUAGCUUCGAGUGUAACUUUUAGUGUUUACGUUUGGAGCUGGGAUCCUGAUUGGUUAAAGUAGUCCAGACACCACUGCCACUGCUGAAGCACCGAGUGUUAGACCGCGCAGUGUUACAGGCGAUAGUGGAGCGAGCUGGAGUUGAUCCUCACGUACCCCAUACUUCUGUGUCAUUUUAUGGCUGUACUGUCUCGUUCCUCCUCCCCCAGUUAUUUAUUAUUGUUCAUAACUUACUUUUUCUUACAUUCUGUUGUAAAUAAAGUACAAAGCAAUCUUCUUUCUAAGUGUAAGUU